UGUCGUCCCCACAUAUCAACAGAGCACGUAUUAGCUGAGCGUCUCCCUCCCUCUCUCUGUGGGUGAGCACGGUUAUGCACUCACCAGCAAAUUCAUUGCUCGCAACACCAACUACCUCCGACUAGAUGUUACCUCGCUAGUUCUUUCAUAACUUUCACGUCGGCUUCAGAAGGCUGGUGUUCCAUUCCCAUUGUCUUUUCGAGCCACAGGAAGAGAAACAUGUGAUAAAGGUUCAUUCGGUUCAUGUGCCUCCAACCAUGUCACGUGAAUUCACCGUUUUGUUUGGAAAAGAAAAGGCCUGAUUCAAACCACAGAUAUUUUUGUAAAUCUUUAGGAAUAGAUCUCAGGUAAAACCGGUGUUAUUGUCGGAUGUUAAAAACUGGAAUUUAGAUUAAGGCGCAAAGAAUCAUGAGACAAUUAAGCUUAAGAUAAAGUAACGACUGAAAAAUGUUGCCAUCUUUAAAUUAAGUUGAUUUCAUACCGAAGCAAUAAAUAUAUCUUGUGCAUUUACUUUUUCAUUGAUGAUUCUGACUUUUGACGAGAGGCGUACACGUUUAAUUAGACGAUGCUUUACCUAUUUAUUUCGUACGACCUGACUUGCAGGAUCACGCAGGGAACUUGUGGCGUGUGACGUCAUAAUAUAGACAGUCAGGAGGGGGGAAAAGUUUCGUCGCGAGUUGUUUCCGACAGAACUGCAAAAAUGAACUACAGUUCAUUAUAUAUUUAAGGACGCUUCGCUUGUCAAGGAUAUUAUCUGCUGGACUUCUGAACGACUAUUAACCUCAAGAAAGGUCACAGAUUCGAACCGCCAGCCUUCUGCAUCCACAUCAAGUCAAAAGCAAAAAGACGUCCGUCCACGGGAUUCAUCACAAUUCGAAGACAGAGGGGGGACAUCAGAAUUGCUUCAGUGGCCGCCAUUUGUAGAGAGUUUGGCUGGAUAUGGCGAUGUCGGACGCUAGAGCUACGCUGAGGAGGAUGAUGUCGGUGUUUGUCAUGAGGGUGAUGAUGAUAAUGAUGGUGAUGAUGCUGACAUUACGGCCUGUGGAUGCCAGGUGUACCAAGACAAAGAGUGGGAAGGGGUACUCUUUGACUAUUGGUAUGCUGUCAGCCGGCGAAAAUGAUUUCUCCGCCCACCGCAUUGUCCAGAAGAACCUGAUGAUGACCGGCGAGGUGAAGGACUGUUUCCUCCCGCCACACUACCUCAACCUGGCGGUCAACGAGACCCUACAGAUACCGCGGAAAGGCUGGACCAAGAUACAGGGAGGGAUUGAGGAUGCUCUGUCGACCCAGGGUGCUUUGGAUGGGGAAAUCCCUAAUCUAAUUAUAGGUCCCUUCUACACCAACCUCGCUAUGAUGCUUCAACGAAUGGGAAUUCCCUAUUUGGUUACAGACUACAAAGGAUUUGACUGGAUAGACAUGAGCCGUGUUCAGGACACAGUGAACUGGCGGACGGUGGUGGAGAUCCGGCCCCCUGCGCAGGCGCAGAACCUGGCGGUGGUGGAUCUAUUCCUAGAGCGGAAAUGGAGCAGCGCCAUGAUGGUGAUGCCGGAGAGCGCCGCCGAUAAUCAGGAAUGCCAGAAUCUGGCGUCUCAGAUGUUGAACCACAGCCUGUCUUUGAUUCCUUUCACCGUUGAACCCCGUGACCCGGAAGUACGGACUGCCUUGAGCGAACUGCUCAGGAACGCCAAGAUGUUUCGUCAGACCCAGGUACUGGUCUGUAGUCCUCGUGAUUACAGGGACCAGCUAAUAGAGAAUAUCCUCAAAGAGGUGAGUUAUAUCGAAGGCGAUUGGUGGAGACGUUGUUAUUUCUUCGUUUCCUGGGUUUUGAUUGGUUGUUUGUGAGAACAGCCGAGGUCACAUCAUGAUUACAGGGACCG